UGCAGAGGUCAGAGGUCAGCCUGACACCCACACACCAAGCCAUUGAGGCCUCCCAACGCGCUGCCACUUCCCAGCCUCACCAGGUCUAACUGCCCACUGCAGCAGAGCGGAGGCCAGCCCAUUAUCUCGUGGUUUCUCUCAGUUCCUGAUUUUCACCUGCUCCUGAAGAUGAGCAGAACUCUGCAGCAGAGCUCCUCAGAGCUCCUCAGGUCUCCACCUUGAGAGGGAUUCUGAAAUGAGCGCCAUCUGACUCCCAGGCAAAGCACCAGAACAGAAUCCUAAUGAUGAUACACCGUGGACACUUCAAGAAGACAAACACUGGAUGGGCUGCAUUGCUCCACUGAAGGAGACCUCCUUUAUGCAAACAAAUCAAAAAGGCCUCUGCCUUCAGAGCCACAAGAUGCUCAAUUCCACGAGCUCGCCAACGCCAGGCCCGCCCUGCUCCCGGAACACGCUCAUCACCCAAUACAUCAUCCCGGUGCUGUACCUUCUGGUCUUCCUGGCAGGGGUCCUGCUCAAUGGCGUGUCGGGCUGGGUCUUCCUCUACGUGCCCAGCUCCAAGAGUUUCAUUAUCUAUCUCAAGAACAUUGUGGUCGCUGACUUUCUGAUGGGCCUGACUUUCCCCUUCAAGAUCCUGGGCGACUCGGGCCUGGCCCCCUGGCAGCUGAGCGUGUUCGUGUGCAGGGUCUCGGCCGUGAUCUUCUACGUCAGCAUGUACGUGGGCAUCGUCUUCUUCGGGCUCAUCAGCUUCGACAGGUAUUACAAAAUCGUGAAGCCCCUCCUGACCUCCUUCGUCCAGUCGGUGAGCUACAGCAAGCUGCUGUCGGUGGCCGUGUGGGCGCUCAUGCUGCUGCUGGCCGUUCCCAACAUCAUCCUGACCGACCAGCGCGUCCAGGAAGGCAGGAGAGUGCAGUGCAUGGAACUCAAGAACGAGCUAGGACGCAAGUGGCACAAGGCGUCCAACUACGUCUUCGUGGGCAUCUUCUGGCUCGUGUUCCUCCUGCUGAUUGUCUUCUACACUGCCAUCACCAGGAAGAUCUUCAAGUCCCACCUCAGCUCCAGAAGGAGAUCCAUCUCGGUCAAAAGGAAAUCCAGCCGCAACAUCUUCAGCAUCGUGCUUGUGUUCUUUGUCUGUUUUGUGCCUUACCACGUGGCCCGGAUCCCCUACACCAUGAGUCAAACCGGAACCUACUACAGCUGCCAGGCAAAAGAGAUCCUGCUCUACGUGAAAGAAUUCACCCUGCUGCUCUCUGCUGCCAAUGUGUGUCUGGACCCCGUUAUUUAUUUCUUCUUAUGCCAGCCAUUUAGGGAAAUCUUAUGUAAGAAACUGCACAUCUCAUUUCAAGCUCAGAAUGACUCAGACCCUUGCAGAAUCAAAAGGGGCAACACAAUGCAGGAAAGCACAGACACGCUGUGAACUUCCGGCCCUUCCCACUAGACCAUUACAAGCUCGUGACCACCUCCAGCUGCCGGGAAAUGAGCAAGAGCAAAGAACAAGCCACUUGCU